AUGGAGAUGGCGGGUAACAAUUUUCCUGAUACCAACGUUGUGUUCGCCAACGUACUGAGGAUGCUGGAACACGAGCUUCUUGUAGACCUGGAUGAACCGACUCUAUAUCAGAAGUUGGCCGCAGCCAACCCAGGGGCGAAUCCUGAGCAGCUAGAGGCGCAGUUCUACGCGGUCUUGGCGGAUUACAAAGCUGUCAUGUCAGGCUUGCUUCCAGUCCCGAACUACGAUAGCUACCUGAUACAGUAUCAGGCCAGUGCGAUGCAGCAGCAGCAUCAGUGGCUACAUUUUCUUCCAAGGACACUGCCGUCUCCUGCUGCGACCGCGGAGUCCAUCUCCGCUCUCAUCGAAUCCCUGAAGCAGACUUUACCCAAUCGCCGCAGCACAAAGAACGUAGCCUGGUCUGACGAGGAGCAUAGGUUCUCCUUCCCCCCAAAAACUCCCUGUCCUCUAGCGUUUCUGAUCAAGAAUUUUCUUCCUCCCUAACGAUAUCUGAGACUUUUAUCUUGUUCCCUACUGUUCUUCAUCUUUCUUGCUUGUGCCUUCAUCUCUAUCAGUAUCCUUGUUAGUUACCCAUGACUCAUACGACUCUUUCUUCUUGUGGCUUUUGCACCUCUCUCGUUAUCUAAUUGAUCUCAUCUUCGACAAAGAGAUUUCUGAAAAUCUGAUUUCUAUAACUCGAUCUAAUGUAAUCUGCAUACAUGCAACAACAGGAUUAUGUCUGCAUGUUGAAUAUAAAUAAGAUCGGAGAUGGCUUAUUGGAGGAACGACCCGGUUUCGGUUGUUGACGUAUCUGCUCAUAUUUCUAAUAACGUUAUUUCUUCUUAUGCGCCUGUUUUGUUCAUUCUUGUAUCCUCCGCUCAUCUCUCUUCAUAUUUCUUCUACCGGACUCUGCUCCCAAUAUGCAUCGAAAGAUAUAAUGAUGCCAAAGAUCUGUAAAUCUGUGGAAGAUGAAUGUCUAAUUUAUGAAAUUCUGAAUCACGCAGAAUUUCUAAUUCACCAGCUAUUCUGUUUCUUAAUCUUGAUGGCGAUCUGAACCUUAAUCUUUCGUACUCACAUUUUAUUAGUUCAAAAAUGAUUAUAGGACUGACACUAUAUGUAACAUUCAGAUUUUCCCUUCCACAGGCUGUUUCUUCUGGGGAUGGAUCUUCACGGGAAAGGAGACUGGAAGUCCAUAUCGCAGUAUUUUGUCUUGUCGAGGACGCCCAGCCAGAUCGCCAGCCACGCCCAGAAGUUCUUCAAACGCCUCAAAAAGCGACAACAGAGCGUUCAGGACAUCACCACUUCGAAUAACUUCAGUCAACAACCUGGAUACAUACUCAAGAAUGUACCGGUGAACUACUCCUUCCAGCUUCCGAUGCCUGUGGACAGCAUGUUCGACGUAAAUGCACCAUCGUUCUUUUCGUCGCACUAA